AUGCCAGACUCACUGCAGAUCGCUCUCAAGAACGACAGCGACGCAAGUAACCUCUACGCAUACAUCACAGGCAUUGGUAUUCAACAUGGAGGCCAGCGUCUCAUGCUGAAAGCGAACGGCAGUGACCUCUACUUUGCGCAGAACCCGCCAUCAAUAGGCUCGCCGCUGGCCGAAGACUGUGCGAUCCCUCUUGGCCCUCCCGGCAACUCUACGACCAUUACAAUCCCGCAGAUUGCGGGCGGCCGGAUAUGGAUCUCAGAAGGAAACCUCACAUUCCUCUUGAACCCAGGUCCAGCACUUGUUGAGCCUUCAGUGCUCAACCCGAGUGACCCUAAUGCCAAUGUCAAUUUCGGGUUUUGUGAGUUUACCUUAAACAACGACCAACUGUAUGCCAACAUUUCGUACGUGGACUUUGCGCCCAGAAUUCCAAUAGCCAUCACCCUGCAACAGGCGUCCGGCCAAGUGCAGCACGUUAUGGGUAUGGCACCCAAUGGGCUAGAUCAGCUUGCCGAAGGCCUCCGCCAGCAAGCGCAGAAGGACGGUCGACCAUGGGAUAAGCUCACCGUGAACCGGGAGGGGCGAAAUCUGCGCGUCUUAAACGCUACACAUGGCGGUGCGGUUGGUGCAAGCUUUGAAGGAUAUUACGAACCGCACAUUGAGGAAGUAUGGUCUAAAUACAGCUCGAACCACUGCAUGAAAGUCAAUACCCAAGCCGGUCCUGGUGUCCUCGAAGGCCGCAUUGAGAGCAACGGAAAGCUUAUGAUUGGUGACGAAGCGUUCGACAAACCCAACAGCGCGGACGUCUUUGGCUGCAACUCGGGUCCUUUCACCACGGGUCCCUCGGCGACGAGGAACGCUAUUAUUCCUCGACUCGCAGCCGCCUUUCAUCGCUCGACCUUGUUAGCGUGCGAGGAGCAUCCAUCAGAUCCCAGCACAUUCUAUGCCACAGAUCCGACAAACCAUUACGCGCGGCUUGUUCAUCAGGUCAACCUUGACAGGAAGGGCUAUGCAUUCGCUUACGACGAUGUGCAGCCAGAUGGUGGCGAGGAUCAAAGUGGCAAGGUUAAUGCUGGCGAUCCGGUGCUGUUUACUGUGACUGUUGGUGGCAAAAGUGCAGCAGGCGGAGCUCCUCCGGAUACUGCCAACCAACAGCCGCAGCAGCAAACGUACGAUCGGCCGCCGCCACCUCCGCCGCCUGGUCAGGAGCAGCAGCAGCAUCAAGAAGGCGGAUUCAGAGGGAAGCUGAGAGGCUUCGCCGAUAAGUUUAUGCGCUGA